AUGUCGACGCAGGACAGCGUCAUGACGGUUGCGAAUGCCUUUCUGUCGCAGGCGUGGGAUGAGGAAGUGGCGUCCGUUGCGCAGCGAUGGGCAGACCAGUGCAACUACAGCCACGACUCCUGCCGAAACGUGCCGGACACCUACGUGGGACAGAACAUCUACCAGCGAAGCCAGUACCCAGUAUCUGCCAUGAAUGACAGAGGCAACUGGUCGGAGCCAAUUUACGCUUGGUACGAUGAGGUGGCGCUAAUGGCGGCGAGCCAGGUCAGCAGCUACCAGAACAGAGAAGAUAUCGGCCACUACACUCAGACGGUGUGGGCCUCAACGAACCGCAUCGGCUGCGGCUACACGUUCUACCAAGACGGCGACUGGGGCAAGAAGUACUACGUCUGCAACUACGCGCCCGGAGGCAACUAUGUCGGCCAACCCUUGUAUCAAGUGGGCAGCCCUCGCAGCGCCUGUCCAGCCAGCAGCGGAGACACCGGAACACCGGACCCUGCAUACCCAGGG